AUGGAUGAUAAAUUUGAUGCCACGCUCGAGGCUCACGUCUCGGGCGUUGAAGACGUGCUCCAUGCCAAAGAGGCCCUCCGCGAGGACAACAAGGCCGAGCACGAACUCACGGUCAAGCAAGUAUUGACAAGCCAUCCCACCCUCGUCUGGUGGAUCUUCUACUGGGCCAUGGCUGGUGUAGGUUGGGGCUUCGAUGCUCAAGUCAACGGUGCCAUGAUUGGUGUCGAGUCCUUCCGCCGCGAUUUCGGCUAUUACAGGGCCAGCGAUCAAACAUAUAUUCUUCCCGCUGAUUGGCAGAGCGCCUUCAAUACCAUCAGCAGCGUCGGCCAGUUCUUUGGCGGCUUCAUUUGCGCAUGGACAUCCGACCGCAUUGGCCGCCGACCCUCGCUCCUCAUCGGCCUUAUCAUUGCAACUGGUGGUAUUAUCGGCCAGAUAGUCUGCACUGCCAAGGUUGCUUUCCUAAUCUCCAAACUCAUCCUUGGAGUCGGCCUUGGAUUUUACUUGACGCUUGCACCUCUAGUGUCGUCGGAGCUAAGCCCAGUUGUCUUCCGUGGCAUCGCCUCGGCAGGUGUCCAAUUCGGCAUUGGUUCUGGCCAGCUCAUCGCCAACGGAGCUGUAGCUGGCUUUGGAGAGUGGACUUCCCGCUGGGCAUAUCGCGCACCGUUUGCCAUCCAGCUCUUCUUUCCAGCAUUCUUCCUCGUCUUUCUGCCGUUUGCUCCCGAGUCCCCUUGGUAUCUCGCUCGUCGAGGUAAGCGUGAAGAGGCUAAGAAGUCUCUUCGUCGCAUGUUUGGAUCAGGUAUCGACGCAGAUGCAAAGCUUCUGACCAUCGAGGCGACAAUCGCGGAGGAAGAGGCCGCCAAGUCCAGUUCAGGCACCCUUGUUGACUGCUUCAAGGGAACCAACAUGAUUCGCUCCAUCAUCAGCAUGUACAUCUUCUGCUGCCAGCAUUUUGUCGGCAUCAUUUUCGUUCUUGGAUUCUCCAGCUAUUUCUUCCAGCUUGCCGGCUUGCCGGCAGCUUCUAGCUUCAACAUGGGUGUCGGAGUGACGGCUUGCGGUCUGGCAGGCAACAUUGUCAGCUGGUUUACCGUCAACAGCCUCGGUCGUCGCAAGAUUUUCUUGGGCGGUAUGGGAAUCCUCACUGUGACUCUGCUUCUCAUUGGAUUUCUGGACCUUGUCCACACAGGAGGAGCAAAGUGGGCACAAGCUGCCCUGACUGUGAUCUACGCCUUUUUCUACUUCUUGUCCCUUGGUGCAAUGGCCUUCACCAUUCUUUCAGAGACGAGCAGCACUACACUGCGUGCCCAGUCAAUCGCCCUCGCAACGGCAACCCAGGCUGUCAUGGGCACAGCCUUCAACUUUGCCAUUCCAUACAUGAUAAACCCUGAUGAGGGCAACCUCAAGGGCAAGGUCGGCUUUGUAUUUGGAGGACUGGGCCUUAUUGCGUCUAUCGGAAGCUGGUUCCUCAUCCCUGAACUUAAGGAUCGCACCUUUGACGAGAUUGAUACCAUGUUCCAGCGACAUGUUCCGCCCCGCAAGAUGGGCUCUUACAAGUUUGAGUAA